UGUCCUCCUCUCUUCCCCGAAAGAGAGGUCGCAGACGGAACCCUCCCACCCUCCCCCACAACCUUCGAUUCCUCCGCGAUUUCCCCCCGCGCGCUCGCCGAUUCCUCGAUCGAGCCCCGCGCGAUUCGCUUCCUGGUCGGAUUCUCUCGCCCGAAGCAUGCAGCCGGAUCAGCCUGUGAUCAGCUUGCGCCCCGGCGGCGGCGGCGGCCCGCGCGCCGGCCGCCUCUUCUCCCCCGCCUUCGCCGCCGCUACCUCCGGCUCCAGCGACUUCCUCCGCCCGCACGGCGGGGGCGCCUCCGGCAUCUCCAAGAUUGGUGAUUCACAUUUUGAGCCGCGAGAGCGUGUUCGCUAUACAAGAGAUCAACUUCUUGAGCUCCGUGAGAUUGCUGAUGUGCCUGAGGGCAUUUUAAGAAUCAAGCAAGAGAUUGAUACAGAGCUUCAUGGUGAAGAUCAGAGCUGGCUUCGCAAUGACUCAACUGUUCAAGUGCAAGCCCAAGCCCCAGCCCAAACACAAGCACACAAUCGGUAUGCUGAGGCAGAUAACCGUGAUUGGCGUGCACGCUCAGUACAACCACCUCCAGCUAAUGAAGAGAAAUCUUGGGACAAUAUUCGUGAGGCUAAAGAAGCAUAUGCUUCUGGUGGUAGGCAUCAAGAGCAAGUUAGCAGGCAAGAUCAGUUAAGCUCCCAGUUUGCUUCAAAAGCUCAGGUUGGCCCUACAGCUGCUCUUAUUAAGGCUGAAGUACCUUGGUCAGCCCGAAGAGGCAAUCUCUCAGAGAAAGAAAGAGUCUUGAAAACUGUUAAAGGUAUACUGAACAAACUUACACCAGAGAAAUUUGAUCUACUCAAGGGUCAGCUAAUGGAAGCUGGAAUCACUACUGCUGAUAUUUUGAAGGAUGUUAUUUCUCUCAUAUUUGAGAAGGCAGUUUUUGAGCCCACCUUCUGUCCUAUGUAUGCUCAACUUUGUUCUGAUCUCAAUGAGAAGCUCCCAUCAUUCCCUCCUGAAGAACAGGGUGGCAAAGAGAUCACAUUUAAACGUGUGCUAUUGAACAAUUGCCAGGAAGCCUUCGAAGGCGCCAGCAGCCUAAGAGCUGAGAUUGCAAAAUUAACUGGUCCUGACCAAGAGAUGGAGAGAAGGGACAAAGAACGGUUGGUCAAACUUAGAACACUUGGAAAUAUUCGGCUAAUUGGUGAGCUACUCAAACAAAAAAUGGUUCCUGAGAAAAUAGUUCAUCACAUUGUUAUGGAGUUGUUGGGGUCUGGGCCUGAUAAAAAACCAUGUCCCGAAGAGGAGGAUGUUGAGGCUAUCUGUCAUUUCUUCAAUACAAUUGGUAAACAGCUUGAUGAGAACCCAAAGUCUCGGCGAAUCAAUGAUACUUACUUCAUCCAGAUGAAGGAGCUAACAACAAACCCUCAGCUUGCACCUCGAUUGAGGUUCAUGGUUCGCAAUGUGAUUGAUCUCCGGUCGAAUAACUGGGUGCCUCGACGGGAGGAGAUUAAGGCCAAGACAAUCAGUGAAAUUCACUCUGAGGCUGAAAAGAAUCUUGGUUUGCGACCUGGAGCAGCAGCAGUCAUUAGGAAUGGCCGUAGUUCACCAGGACCCCUUUCACCUGGAGGUUUUUCAAUGAAUCGGCCAGGAACUGGAGGUAUGAUGCCAGGGAUGCCUGGGUCAAGAAAGAUGCCUGGAAUGCCUGGAUUAGAUAAUGAUAACUGGGAAGUUCCGCGUUCUAGAUCAAUGCCAAGAGGCGACCCACUUCGCAACCAGACCCCAUUGCUUAAUAAGCUGUCAACAGUUCACAAGACAUCAUCUAUUAACUCCAGGCUUCUUCCUCAAGGUAGUGGAGCAGCACUAAUUGGCAAGAGUGCACUUUUGGGAACUGGUGUUCCAGCAUCUCGUCCUUCCAGCUUUGCUGCUGGUCCAACACCAGCUCAAACCACGCCAUCUCCAAAACCGUUAAGUGCAGCUCCAGCCGUUGCCCCGGUCCCUGAUAAACCAGCUAGUGCUCCCAAGGGGAACUCUGCUGAGCUUCAAAAGAAAACAGUGUCUCUUCUUGAGGAGUAUUUUGGUAUACGUAUUUUGGAUGAAGCACAACAAUGUAUUGAGGAGUUGCAGAGUCCUGGUUACUACCCUGAAAUUGUUAAGGAAGCUAUCAAUCUCGCCCUAGAUAAAGGUACCAAUUUUGUCGAUCCUCUUGUUAGGCUACUGGAGCAUCUGUACACAAAGAAAAUUUUCAAGACUGAAGACCUGGAAACUGGAUGCAUGCUGUACAGCGCUCUGCUGGAUGACAUUGGUAUCGACCUUCCUAAAGCUCCAACACAAUUUGGUGAAAUUAUUGCUCGUCUGAGUUUGUCGGGCAGCUUGAGAUUUGAAGCUGUGGAGGAGAUUUUAAAGAAAAUGGAGGAUACCUUCUACCGCAAGCAAGUUUUCAACGCUGUCAUGAAAACCAUGGAAACAAACCCGUCAGGUCAGGCUGUCUUGGGUUCACAUGCUGCUGUAAUUGACGCAUGCAAAAGCCUUUUGGAAUAAUGUUUCUCAGCAGUUUAUGGCCCAUAUCAACUUUCCUGGAUGCUGUAUCUAGUGCUGAGGCAGCAUCAUGUAUUCUCUUAUAGUUUAGGUGUCCGAGGAACUCGUACCAAAGAUGUGAGGGACAGCUAGUUUUGAGCUGUAUAAUUUUGCGAGAUCAGAUGAGUGUUGAUUAUUGUUUCGACGACAAUGAAGGGAAAGAAAGAAGCCAUGGAUUUUGCUCUUGGGCGGCCAGCUUAAUUUGCUGGAGCCUUAGAUGAACAAGGCUGAAUGUGAUGUUUUUGUGUCCACCUCAUAAUGUUGUUAGUUCUUUUUCUGUGACUACACAUUUUGUAACAUUGUACUAUGGUUUUGGAAUAUUUUGUCGGUUACAAUAUAUUGCGUUACUUAGGAGUCA